AAGGGUCACAAUCCUCUUCGAUUUCUGGCGAACCGAUUCCUGGCCGACCUACUUUCUCUCUCUCCUCGCCUGCUUCCUCAUCUCCGCCUUCUACCAGUACCUGGAGGACCGCCGCCUCCGCCUCAAGGCCUCCUCAGCGUCCAAUUACGCCGCGCCUCCCUCCGCCGCCGCCCCCCUGCUCGGAUCGAGGAAAGCGGGCGGGGAUCGGGGUUGGAGCACGCGGCGGUUCGCGGUGGCGAUCUGGUUCGGGGUGAACUCGGCGGUCGGAUACAUGCUGAUGCUGGCGGUGAUGUCGUUCAACGGCGGCGUUCUGAUCGCGGUGGCGGCGGGGCUGGCUGCGGGGUACCUGAUCUUCAGGGGCGAGGAGGAUCUGACGGCGGUUGAGAAUCCGUGCGCCUGUGCUUGA